AAAAAAUAAAAAAUCAUGGAGAGUGUAGAAGAAGGAUUGUUAUUGAAAGAAAGGGAGUUAGUUAAAUUGAGAUGGGGAGUAAUUUGGGAGGAAGUGAAAGAAAUUGGUUAUUUGGCUGGUCCUAUGAUAAUUGUGACACUUUCACAGAUUUUUUUGCAAACAAUAUCAUUGAUGAUGGUUGGUCAUUUGGGUGAACUUGCCCUCUCAAGUACUUCUAUUGCUAUUUCUAUUGGUGGAGUCACUGGCCUCAGCUUACUUUUGGGAAUGGGCACUGCACUAGAAACUCUUUGUGGACAGGCUUUCGGAGCUAAACAAUAUCAAAGACUUGGUACUCAAACAUACACAGCCAUUUUGUCUCUCUUCAUUGUUUGCAUUCCCAUCGCAGUUUUAUGGCUAUAUGUGGGGAAACUGCUUACUUUCAUGGGGCAAGAUCCUCAGAUUUCUCAUGAGGCCGGCAAGUUCAUUAAGUGGAUGAUUCCUGCUCUCUUUGCUUACGCAAAUCUUCAGCCACUUAUUCGGUACUUUCUAAUGCAAAGUAUGAUUGUUCCAAUGCUCAUAAGCUCUUGCAUUACAAUAUGCUUCCACAUACCGUUGUCUUGGGUGCUAGUGUUUAGCUCUGGUUUAGGUAAUAUUGGUGCAGCAGUGGCUAUUGGUUUAUCGAUGUGGUUGAAUGUCAUAAUCCUUGCUUCAUACAUGAAGUUGUCUCCUGCUUGUGCAAAAACCAGUGCACCUGUGUCAUGGGAGGUCGUCAACGGAAUGAGAGAGUUCUUUCAGUUUGCUAUCCCUUCUGCUGUCAUGAUUUGUCUUGAAUGGUGGUCAUUUGAGCUGCUCAUCUUACUAUCCGGACUAUUGCCGAAUCCCCAACUUGAAACUUCAGUACUAUCGAUAUGCCUGAAUACUAUUGCUACCCUUUAUGCAAUUCCAUUUGGUCUCUCUGGCGCUGUAAGCACUCGAGUUUCUAAUCAAUUAGGAGCUGGAAAUCCUCAAGGAGCUCGCGUAUCCGCGAUUUCUGUAAUGCUCAUUGCGGCCACAGAGACAAUACUAGUAAGCGCAGCUGUAUUUGCUAGUCGAAACGUAUUUGGCUACAUUUUCAGCAACGAGAAGGAAGUCGUGGACUAUGUAGCAAACAUGGCUCCCCUUCUAUGUCUAUCAGUCAUUACUGACAGCCUUCAAGGAACCCUUUCAGGUGUCGCGAGGGGAUGUGGUUGGCAGCAUAUCGGAGCCUAUGUCAAUCUUGCUUCAUUUUACCUUUGUGGCAUUCCUAUCGCUGCUUCAUUAGCGUUUUGGCUCAACUUUCGAGGAAAAGGCCUGUGGAUCGGCAUACUUUCUGGUGCAGCUCUGCAAACUAUUCUACUUUCUGUGAUAACAUGCUGCACAAAUUGGGAAAAACAAGCUGCAAUGGCAAGGGAGAGGCUUCAUGCUGAUGAAAAAUCAUCAGUAGAUAACAUGCUGUCGUAAAAAAAUGUAGAAAAUUCUCUUCGAAAAUCGAAAGCCUGAAUAACAAGAGGCCAAGUGUCAUUUCUGAGUUGUUAGCGGAGCCAUGACAACCAUUGAGAUGACCUCGAGAUAUGUGCUACACUUAUUGUUGAGGUCGAGGAUUACAGUAAAAAGUUAGUAGGUAGUUAAGGGUUAUUGUACUUCUAGUUGUACGAUUUAGGUACCAUGUAAUUUCUUGUCUCCAAUAUGUAUUAAUAUAUGUUGCUACAUUUGUUUUGUGCAUUGCUA